UCCAGCCCUGCCCUUGCCCCGGUGCUCCCGGCUGUGCUGCUGGGCGGUGUAGCCCGGGCCGCGGAGAUAGUGGGCGGGCGGGAAGCCCAGCCCCACUCGCGCCCCUACAUGGCGUCGCUGCAGCUGUUCCCCAGCAACCACUUCUGCGGGGGGACCUUGAUCCACCCGCGCUUCGUGCUGACCGCAGCCCACUGCCUGAACAACGUGACGGGGGUGGGGGGCACGUGGGGGGGUCGGGGUCCCAGCGAGGCGCACAGCCUGCAGACCUCCGAGCCCACCGAGCAGAGGUUUAGCGUCAGCCGCCUGUUUGAGAACAACUACGACCCACAGGAGAAGCUGAAUGACGUCCUCCUCCUGCAGCUGGACCGCCCGGCCACCCUCAACCCCCAGGUUGCAGUGGCCCAGCUCCCCCAGCAGAACCAGCUGCUGCCCCACGGCACCCAGUGCCUGGCCACGGGCUGGGGCCGCCUGGGCACUGAGCCGCUGCCCCAGGUCCUGCAGGAGCUCAGCGUCACCGUGGUCGCUUUCCUGUGCAGGCCACAGAACGUGUGCACCUUUGUGCCCCGACACAGGGCUGGCAUCUGUUUUGGGGACUCAGGUGGCCCCUUGAUCUGCGAUGGUGUCAUCCAGGGCAUGGACUCCUUUGUGAUCCAGGGAUGCGCCACCCGCCAGUACCCUGACUUCUUUGCUCGCGUCUCCCUCUACAUAGACUGGAUCCGCUCAGUGCUGAGCAACGCGGGGGGCGAGGACGGCCCCUGA